AAUAACAGGUACCCUCGUCCGUGCGCCCCUCGCGCCCAUAAACAGCCAGCGGGCGAGAAGGGGACGCGUCGGAGCCCCGUUGCACCCCCUCCCUGCGCGUCUUUUGUGCCGCCGGGGCCGCGUGAGGCUGCGGUCCGCCGGGCGCAGCCGAGCCGCCGGGGCGAAUCGCAACGUGUUUGCACAGUGUCACCGCGGCUGUGUUUCUAUGAAGCAGGGCUCUUUGAUGGGGCUGCCGUCAGCCCGUGUCCCCGCCUCUGGACAGACGAUCGCCGUGAUUUACGCCUGAGUUUACGCACUGAAGACAACACUGUGGAUAUGGCAUGGUGCACGCUGCUGGGCCAAGUUUUCAGCCUCUGAAAAGCGCCGUAGUCAUGGAUAGUCAUCCGCUGUGCACUAGACUUUGUCCACACACUUUGGACAAAGAAGAUGGAGUGGAGAGGCAAGGCCCCGUCACCCUGAACCCUCGGCACAUGAGGAAGGCGUUCAAAGUCAUGAACGAGCUGCGCAGUCAGAGCCUGUUGUGUGACGUGACCAUAGUGGCGGAGGAUGUGGAGAUCGCAGCUCACAGAGUGGUCCUGGCUGCUGGGAGCCCGUAUUUCCAUGCCAUGUUCACAGGGGAGAUGGCCGAGAGCCGAGCGAAGCGGGUCCGGAUCAAGGAGGUGGACGGUUGGACCCUGGGCCUGCUGGUCGACUACAUCUACACAGCAGAGAUACAGGUCACCGAGGAUAACGUGCAGGCGCUGUUGCCUGCGGCCGGGCUGCUCCAGCUCAACGAGGUCAAAAAGGCCUGUUGUGAGUUCCUGAGCUCCCAGCUCCACCCGUCCAACUGUCUGGGCAUUCGGGCCUUCGCCGACCUCCACGCGUGCUCCCAGCUCCUCUCGCAGGCCAACAGCUACGCAGAGCAACACUUCAGCGAGGUGGUCGGCAGCGAGGAGUUCCUCAACCUGGGCAUGGAGCAGGUGUCCAGCCUGAUCGCCAGCGACAAGCUCACCAUCCCCACGGAGGAGAAGGUCUUCGAGGCGGUGAUCGCGUGGGUCAAUCACGACAAAGACGUGCGCCAGGAGCACUUGGCUCAUCUGAUGGAGCACGUCCGCCUGCCGCUGCUGUCCAGGGAGUACCUGGUGCAGCGGGUGGAGGAGGAGUCGCUGAUCAAGAACAGCAGCGCGUGCAAGGACUACCUGAUCGAGGCCAUGAAGUACCACCUGCUGCCGGCCGAGCAGCGGGCGCUGAUGAAGACGGCGCGCACGCGCGCGCGGACGCCGGCCUGCUGCCCCAAGGUGAUGGUGGUGGUGGGAGGCCAGGCCCCCAAGGCCAUACGCAGCGUGGAGUGCUACGACUUCGAGGAGCAGCGCUGGUACCAGGCGGCCGAGCUGCCCACCAGGAGGUGCAGAGCAGGCGUCGUGUACGUGGCCGGGUGCGUGUACGCGGUCGGGGGCUUCAACGGCUCCCUGCGCGUGAGGACGGUGGACUGCUACGACCCGAUGGCGGACCGCUGGACCAGCGUGAGCAGCAUGCAGGACCGCCGGUCCACGCUCGGCGCCGCCGUGCUCAGCGGGCUGCUGUACGCCGUGGGAGGCUUCGACGGCAGCACAGGCCUGGCGACGGUCGAGGCGUACAACUCCAAGACGGACGAGUGGUUCCACGUGUUGCCCAUGAGCACCCGGCGUAGCAGCGUGGGAGUGGGCGUGGUCAGCGGCAUCCUUUAUGCAGUUGGAGGUUACGAUGGAGCGACCAGGCAAUGUUUGAGUACAGUAGAAGCUUACAACCCGAAAAGCAACACAUGGAGCUACAUCGCUGAGAUGGGCACGAGACGCAGCGGAGCAGGUGUGGGUGUGCUGAAGGGUUUACUCUAUGCAGUGGGGGGACACGACGGCCCGCUGGUGAGGAAGAGCUGUGAAGUCUAUGACCCGGCCUCCAACGCCUGGCGCCAAGUGGCCGACAUGAACAUGUGCCGGCGCAACGCGGGCGUGUGUGCUGUAAACAACUUACUGUAUGUGGUGGGAGGAGACGACGGCAGCUGCAACUUGGCCUCUGUGGAGUUUUACAAUCCCAACUCGGACAAGUGGACGCUGCUGCCGAGCUGCAUGAGCACCGGACGCAGCUACGCAGGUGUGACUGUGAUUGACAAGCCGUUAUGACUGCACUGACACCUGCCACUCAUCCGGAGCAGAGCGCAUUCUGCUGAAUUCUGAUCUUGGAUCUGUCUGUGAUGCCGGUACUUCGAUGUUGGGCAGCAUUAGCGCAGGCACCGGCACAGGUGAAGAGCGUGACGGCAUUGUUGUUUUUCAGCCGCGGAUAAUGAAGAUUUUUGCACUUAACCAGCGUUCGUUGGUGGGGCGGGGUCGCGAACCCGCGUUUUAAGCCCCGCUCGGCGGGAGUCGCAGCAGCAACUGGACGCACCAGUUUGAAGCACGGGGAAUACCACUGCAGUGCCAUGUAUAUGUACCGAUAUGAAGCUACUAUAACUGCAAAGUUAAUUUAGCAUUAGCAAUGUUAACAGUAGUCCUGAGAACGACCACUGGUCUAAUGGGAGAGGGAGGGAGGCAGAGAGGGACCGUUUAGGACUGGAACCGUUGUUUCUCCUCUCCUCCCGUGUGGAUGCGUGUCUGUGUGUGUGCGUCUGCUUUCAAAGGUGCUCUAUUGCGUGCACAUACGAACAUGCGUGAUCGUGUGCACACGAGUCUCUGUGGUGACGCCGGGUCCGACACAGCAUGAUAGCACUCUGUGCGACCUCUGACCUUUUACAGUGUUGCAGUGUGGCUGUUGAGAGUCUGAGUGUCGCGCUGCACCCACUUUCCUCGUGUUCUCCUUUGGUUUGCCUUGAAUACUGUUACCGGACAAAGCGCAGCUGGACCGGGUUAAUAAAAUGCAUAUCGAGUAUUUGCAACACAGCACUCGGAGAAAACGUACGUUUCAUCUAAAACACUUGGAAGGCCGUGACAGAGGACGAAGCCGGCAUGAGAUGAAACGGUUGGAUGUAUCAGUGCUUUGCUGUCACAUGGCAGCCAUCUUAGAUGUGGUUGUAACCACUACAACAGUCUGAAGCCACUGCAUGAUCCCCGUGUCUAACCUUGGAUCCCACAGCAGCAGCAGCCUCUCCUUCCUCUGAGUAGCAUCUCUGUUAACCAACGCACACCCGGGUGUGCUAUGAAUGUGCCAAUUUGAAUAUGUUUCUUCUUCUCUUCUGUCUCUCUUUCUUACUCUGCUUCACUAAGCUGUUCUCUUGUUCUGCAAAGUGACCAAACGUACUCUGAUUUUGUAUUUUCUUCAGUCUCUUUCUCUUCCCUCGCCUCUUAUAUUGAAACUUGCUAUAAUGGUAACUGCUGUAUUGCUGUUUCUUGUCGUCGUAUUGAGGAAUGUCAUGUAGGCUAAUGACUGACAAUGUUUCAUUACUUAUUUUUUAAUAUUAUUAAUAAAUAUGCUUCUUGUAUUUAAAGCUGUGAAAUGCUAAAAUCUGUUUUUAUGACUUUGUCAAAUCAGUAAAACAUUGAAAUGAAA